AUUUGAACGAGUUGUUAUGUGCGGGGAUGGUGACGGCUCUGACGACUCGAAGAGAGUAGAGAAUUCGUGUUUUUUUUCUUUUGGAGAUUCCACCCUCUUUCCAACGCUUGGAGAACGCACCCCUUCUGAUCUACUGAAGGCUUGAUAUUAGCAACCCAUAGAAUCUAUUAUUCCACUUCUUGAAGCUGAGAGCACUCGGCUUGUCCUACACCAGCGCUAUUCAUUCUCUUGUGUCUUUUAUCCUGUCAGUAACGGGGGCGAAGCUGCUCCAUACAGCAACAUGUCAGAUUCAGAGUCGCUUGAUCUACCUCAGUCGCUCGAGGAGGUCUCUACUCGGUUAUCACGACGUUCCUCAAAUGGAGUUUCGAUGCAAAGAGAAGGGACCCGCGGCCAGGCAUCAAAUAUCAUCCGUAUAAUAAGUAACCAAGAUGCAGAAUAUCGCUAUAGGAUCGAGGAAGCAGAUAAUAGAAUCCAGCCGAAUAAAGGAUGGUCUUGCCAUUCCAUACAUGACACAACCGAAAAGAAAAUCAUCUCGUGGGAACCAGAUGACAAGGAGAACCCAUAUAACUGGUCAAAUAAGCGCAAGCUCUCUAUUUUCAUAAUGACUAUGGCGGGUGUCAUCAACAGUACCAUGGGGAGUAGCUUGCCGAGUAUGGCAAUCCCGUACAUGACUCAGGAAUGGGGCAUCACCUCAGACACACAGAAAGUCCUGCCCAUCUCAACAUUUCUGAUAGGCUACGUUUUUGGGCCGUUACUAUGGGGGCCGCUAAGUGAGCAUUUCGGGCGCCGAUAUCUUACCAUCAUAACUCUGUCUCUAUUCACAAUAUGGACUCUAGGCUGCGCCCUCGCCCCUAAUUGGCCGGCUUUUCUUGUCUUUCGGUUUCUCUGCGGAGCCUUUGGUAGUGCUCCUAUCGCUAUCGUCACUGGGCAACUUGCAGACAUCUACAAGGAUUUUGUCACUAGGGGAAAUGCUUUGGCAUUCUUCAUGGCGACGACUAUUUGGGGGCCUCUCAUAGCACCAAUCAUAGCGGGAUUCUGCUCCACGACUAUCGGUUGGCGCUGGUCCUUUUGGAUUGCUCUAAUAUACGCCGUCGUGACUCUCGUUCCGGUGAUCUUUCUACUGCCUGAAACAUACGCACCCGUUCUUCUGAGUCGGCGAGCUCAGAAGAUUCGCAAAGCGGACCCCACAGCGCAAGUAUACGCUGCUUUUGAAUUAGAGGAUAAAGACAUCAAACAAGUCGUGACCAGGGUUCUAACAAGACCAGUUCGUAUGAUCCUGACAGAAACCAUCGUGUCUUCUACCUGUCUCUACCUGGCUCUUGUAUACGCUAUAUUCUACAUUUCUUUCGGGGCCUUUCCCAUUAUAUUCCAGCAACUGUACGGACUAUCACCCGGCGUGACUGGCUUGCUGUUCCUGCCCAUCAUUGGAGGCGUCAUCUUAGCCCUCGGGACUUUCUUCGCUUGGGGCAGUUUCCUCCGCAAAUCUAAACAGCGCAAUCGCCCUUGGACAAAGAAAGAGGAAUCCAACCGUGUCCCCUUAGCAGCUAUCGGAGGACCAUUGUUCGCAAUUUCGCUGUUUUGGCUGGGUUUCUCGGCGAGGGAGGAUGUUCAUUAUGCUGUCCCGUCUUUAGCGGGCGUGGGAUUCGGCGUGGGCUAUCAGCUGAUAUUCAUGGGCAUGCUCAACUACCUCACCGACGCCUACGAGAUAUUUGCCGCGAGCGCGAGCGCUGCAUCCAGUUCCUCCCGAUCUUAUCUAGCGGUCCUACUUCCUCUCGCCACCACACCCAUGUUCGACCAACUUGGUAUAAGCGGAUCCCUAAGUUUGCUAGGAGGCCUUAGUCUACUUCUGAGCGGUGUCCCGUUCGUUUUCCUGUGGAAGGGUGAGAGAAUUCGCGCGGGAUCCGCAUUCUGUAUCGCAUUGAAGGAGGAGAAGCUCGAGAUGGAAAGGAGAGCUAAGUUAGAUUGGCAGAGACGGAACGUCGCGGACAGGAUUUCUCAAGAGAAAGAGGAGAGCCCCUAGGAAAACGACGAGCCUACGAACCCCGGAUGACCCUAUGAACCGUCCACUAAACAAGGUCUAGCUAUGCAUGAGAAUUGUGGGCUAUACCGAACCUAAAUCGAGCCUUGGAACACUAAAAUCAAAGUACAUAUAGCAAAUUAUGUCUAUAGUGAAUAAAUAUAACGAAUGGCCGAGUUGGUACGGCCUAGCGAAGCAUCAAUAUACUUUCAUCAGCG